GUCAAAUACGUAUAAAGUGGAUUUUAUUAAAACAACAACAACAACAAUAAUAAUAAUAAUUAUUAUUAUUGCACUAUCUUCAUUGAAUGUAUGAUCUAAUAUGCAUAAAAUUUAUCCAUGGUUUAUAUUAAUUAGUGCUGCAUUAUGUGUUAUAUUUUUAGGUGGUAAACGUAGAGCAUUUGGUAUAUUUAUUGCAAAAUUACAUUCAGAAUUUAAUCAAACAACAUUAGUUGAAUUAAAUUGGAUUGGUGAUUCAUAUUCUGCAUUAGGUUAUUUAACAACAACAAUAACAACAUCUAUAAUUAUAUUAACUAAUAAAAAAUAUGGUUUAUCACAAUUUUUUGGUGCAUUAUUUAUAUUAUUAGCAUGUAUUACUAGUUCAUUUGUACCAAAUCCACAUUGGUUAUUUUUAACACAUACUAUAUUACAUGGUAUUGGUUCAUCAUUAAUAUUAAGUACAUCUAGUUUAAUAGUAAAUGAUUAUUUUAAUAAAAAUCAUCCAUAUCAUAUAUUAGCAACAACAUUAGUAUCUGGUGGUUCAGUUGCAUCAAUAUUAUUUAUUGAAUUUUAUGCAUUAUUAAUUGAUAAAUAUAAUUGGAGAUUAACAUUUAUUAUACUUGGUAUUAUAUAUUUUAUUAUAUUAUUUAUUAGUUCUAUUAUAUUUUGUAAAAAAAAUAAUAUUCAAUCUAAUUUAUAUAAAAUUAAUAAUAAAUAUAAUGAUCAAUGGAAUUUAUGGAAUAUAUGUUGGAAAUUAUAUUGGCAACAAAAAUUACUUAUUAUUUUAUGGUUAAUUGAUAGAAUUAUAACAAGUAUUGUAACAUAUGGUAUGUUAUUAAAUUUAACUGAUUAUGUAUAUCAACAUGAAACAUUAUUACAAAAUAGUAUAUUAUUAACAAAUUUAUUUGCAUCUGGUGAAGCAACUACAUAUAUAAUUGGUGCUAUUAUAACUGGUUUAACAAAAAAUUUAUUAAAAAAUCGAUUAAAAUAUAUAUUAAUUAUAACAAGUAUAUGUAUGUCAAUUGGAUUAAUAAUAUGGGAAUAUUAUACAUUAAAUUAUAUAAUUAGUGCAAUAUUAUCAUAUAUGAAUGGAUUUUUUUUAGGACCAUCUAUAACAUUUUUAUAUCCUGUUAGUGAAGAAAUGACAUUAUUACCUGGUUAUAUAUCUUAUACAUUAUCAUUAGGUGGUAUGGGUAUUGGAAUGUUAUUAUCACCAUUAUUAUCAGCAUUAAUUGCACAAACAUUUAAAUAUCGUUGGUUUUUUUUAAUACAAGGUAUUAUUGUUAUAAUUAAAUCUAUUUGUUUAAUAUGUUCAUGGAUAUUAAUUAAAAAAUUAAUUAAAUUUAAUAAACAUUUAUUAUAUAAUAAACAACAAGAACAACAAAAUCAUAAUGAUGAUGAUGAUGAUGAAGAGGAUGUAGAAGUAGAACAACAACAACAACAACAACAAGAUGAAGAUCAAUCAUUAACAUUCAAUAGUGAAACACAAUGUUUAAUAAAUCCAAUGACACAAAAACGAUCUAAUUCAAAUGUGAUUUAGUUCCUUUUUAUUUGUUGUUCUCCUACUGAUUUAUUUUGUUUUAUUUUAUUUUAUUUUUUUGUCUUCAAAUUUUGUUCUUGUUGGUAAUCUGAUAUCUUGAUGAAAUACACUACCGAUUAUCGGCUUGUGGAAUGUCAAUAUUAUGCCCAGUGUCAAGUAAAUGUCAAGCUAUUGCACUGUUUGAAGCCGUUGCGCCUCAGUAUCAAGUCCUUUGUAACGUGCUGGAAAUAUGAAAAUGUACUUUUCUCUUUGUUCACCCAAGGUAUGUGCUAUGGCGCGUACAUGUAAAUUGGAAAAUGCAGUUAGCGGUACAGGGAAGAGAGGACCUGUCAAAUUUUGUUUGUUUCAG